UUUUUAACGAUCUUGGACCGUCAAGCGUCAUGACGUCACUACAAACGAUGUAGUCUCGGCUUGAAUUGGAGAGUUGAACGUCGGAAGAGAGUGGCUAGGAAGGUAACUUUUUAACUGGAAUAACCCCGAAAUUAAUACAAUUUGUAAUAACUGCUGGUAUAGAAUGGCUCCAGUUAGUAGCGAAAGAGCCAAGCAGGAUUCUCUGUCACCGGUGGCCCACGACGACAAGGAAGAAGCCGCAGAUACCGGCUUGGAGGAGCAGGCCGUGUCGGACCUCAAGCAGGAGCCGGGUAACAAUGAAGAGAACGGGGUCGGAAUGGACGCCUGUGGUGGUCGCGGGGAGGAACACGAGGGGAACACGUUGCUUCCUCGCGACGACGACAAAGACACCGCUUCUCCGAGCGAAACGAGUCCCUACGGCCGAGACGACAAACUAUCAGAAGCGGGGAAAAGUCCAGCCCAGGGGAGCCUGGCGAGUAGUCCCGAGUCCGCCCAAGAGGGCUCCCGGGUGCUGAGGCAAGAACAAAGAGAAGGAGGGAACUCGUCUCCCUCGCCGCCGACAGAGCACACAAAGGCGGCGGAGAAACACGAGCAUGGCGUGAAGAGGCGAGCCAGCGUGGAGCUCACCUCGUCGGACGGAGAGCCGCUCAGUCGGAUGGAUUCAGAGGACAGUAUCAGCAGCACCCUAAUGGACAUGGAGAGCACAGCGUCAAGCGGCCGUUCCACGCCAGCCAUGCUCAACAUUAAUGGCGGCGGCAUAGUGGGGGGCCACGGCACCGUGCCAGUGAAUGGCAAGUCGAGCUACACGUGCUGUUGGGAUCGCUGCCAGCUGCACUUUGCCAAUAGCCCUGAUUUGGCGGAUCACAUCCGAGCCACACAUGUAGACGGUCAGCAGGGAGGAGUGUUUGUGUGUCUCUGGAAAGGAUGUAAGGUGUAUAACACGCCAUCCACCAGUCAAAGCUGGCUGCAGAGACACAUGCUGACGCACAGCGGCGACAAACCCUUCAAGUGUGUUGUUGGUGGCUGCACUGCCACAUUUGCCUCUCAAGGUGGGCUGGCACGUCACGUUCCCACUCAUUUCAGCUCGCAAAGUUCAUCCAAGGUUUCCAGUCAUGGCAAAGUGAAGGAGGAGUCUCCAUCAAAGGCUGGACUCAACAAGAGAAGAAAGCUCAAAAAUAAACAUCGACGCUCACUACCCCGACCUCAUGACUUCUUUGACGCUCAAACCAUGGAUGCCAUCCGCCAUCGAGCUAUAUGCCUUAACUUGGCAACACACAUUGAGAGCCUUGGCAAUGGACACAGCGUGGUGUUCCACAGCACGGUGAUGGCAAGGAGGAAAGAAGAAUCUGGCAAAGUGAAAGUUCUGUUACACUGGACACCUGAGGACAUACUUCCAGAUGUUUGGGUGAAUGAGAGUGACCGACAGCAGCAGAAGACCAAGAUUGUGCAUCUGUCCAAGCUACCGACCGAUACAGCUGUACUCCUGGACCCUAAUAUUUGCAGGAUGAUCUUUUAAGUGGUUCCAAAGAAUUGUCAGUUCUGAAAUCAAACCACUGACGAAGAAGUUGGUCUUUCAACUUCUUGUUCUCUGUUAGGUGACGCUCUCUGAGUUUAGGGACGUGUUUCCAUGGCUUGAUGAAGCCACGUCUAUUAGGUGCUUAUUAACAACAGAUAACUAGGGAGAUGUUUACUGGAAGUAGAAAACUACAGAGUAAUAGUAGACACAUUUGAAGUGAGAAGCCGUCUUUGUAAAUACUUGAGAUUUGUAAUAUAUUUUUGUACUUCAUUAUGAACCAUAGCUGUAUGUCCUUUUUCUACCAGACCUUAUGACAUAGUCUUUAAACAACACUGCCUAUCAGUAAAACAAGUUACUGUAAUUAGUGCCGUACUGUGGCAAGCUGUUAAAGAAUGUGAUGUUCAUCGAAACCAUCAAAGCAAUUUGUCUAUCUGCUGUACUGUUCCAAAGAGUGUGCGUGUUUGCUUAGGUACAUUAUAAACUUCAAAAACAUAA